UCAAAUUUGACUUUUGUUUUGAAUAGUCCAUAUUCGAUUUUUAAAUUAUAAAACUGAAAAUAAGGUGGAAAAAUGUCCCUUCCCGAAAGAGGUACAGAAAACUGAGUUUUAAUUAGCUCCGCUUUGUAGAGUAGUUGCCUUUUGAGUUCUAGACCAUUCAUUGCAGACCAUUUAGACCAAGCUUUUGGCAGCAUUUUAAAACUAUGCAUCAAGCUGAAUGGAAUCAACUUAGACAUUACCGAGUUUCGAAAUUUUCGCACAAAAUCACCAUUUCCAUUUACGAGUAGUUGUAGAACGCUUUGAAAGAAUGUGAAUCAUGUUUUCUAUAAAAUUUUUAGAGAGUUCAGAAGAUGUGGAGUCCCUGGUGAACACAUUGAGUAUUGAAGGGGCAACUUUAACUGAAAACAAUUUAUCGUUAACAACAACAGAUUUGCAAAGAUUAGCCGAACUAUCACAAGAAUUGAAUUUCAAUAAUAGCAUGGAAACAGAAGAAGUUGUAAUCGAAGAAGCAGCUAAUAUGGAAGAAGAAAUAGUUGAAACUGAAAUUGGUGCUGAAGAGGUGGAGAUAGAAACUGAAACUGAGAGACAACCUAGUCCGGAAGAAAUAUUACCUGAUGUCAAAGGAAAAAUUUCAGUUCCCCCUCUGAGACCUCUUACUAUCGCACCUAAGCCAACUAAAGUUCCGAUUACUCUGAAACCAUUACAGGGCGGACAGCAAUUACUUUUGGUACAAGGUCAGAGUCUCACGACAGGAUCAGGGCAGACGAUAAAGCUAUUAUCUCCCCAGGGUCAGGAAAUAAAUUUAGCCAAUCUUCAAUUAGGUAGACCAAUAAAGCCAGCUAAUACUGUUAAAACCAUCACGGCUACUUCCGCAGGUAAUAUUUCUGUCGUACCACAAAAGCAACUUUUGGUCAGAAAGGUUAUUUCCCCAAGUGGCUCAACCAAAAACGUGGUUAAGCCGUUGUACGGAACAAAACCUCAAGAGCAGCAUUUUAUGGUUGUACAGAAAGCCGAACCCAAUUCGACAACCGCACACGUUAAACUGGUUCCGAACAGUUCUAAUUUGGCUCAAAUUGGUCCAACUAAAACGAUAACGUUGCAGCAAGCUCAGGAAAUGGGACUGCUGACCAACGCCAAAUACGUACCUCAAACCCAGCCCCAGCCGAAGGCUACGCUCGUAUUGAACAAAGGGGGCGCCAAAACUUUAAAAUUGGUUUCGCAGGUGCCGGGACAGACUCAUCAAAUUGUGACUGGCAUGGGGGGUACAGUCAAGGCUGUCACUUUGAAUCCCGUGAAAUCGCCCACGAAAAUAUUACCGGCACAAAAAGGCACUCAACAUAUCAUUUAUAAGAAGCCAGCGACUGGACAGUCAAUUUUACCUCAAGCACAAGUGAUUCAGGUGGCUGGGACUCAAGCUCUGAAUGCGGGACAACUGCAUCAGAUUAAUAUACCGGGGAAGGGGGUACAAUAUAUUAAGUUUGUACCGUCGACGACCGUUCAGUCGACACCGACCUCGACCAUCACAUUGAGUACCUCCAACUCAAAGCCUAACAUAUCUUUGCACACUACACCCGGAGGGAGCCUGGUUUUUUCGGAAUUAGGGGGCUCUUCGAAUCAUUCGAAUCAGAAGAACAUAAAACCGGUGGUUAUCAACAAGCCGGUUACUGUUAAUACGCAAGUCGUCAUGUUGCCAUAUCUGUCGACCACCCAAGCCAACCCUCCACCGGCCAAGUUGGCCAUACCGAAACAGAAGUCCAGCUCCAGUCAGAACUCGUCCGCGGCCAGUUCCGCCUCGGCCACAGAAACAAAACCCCAGCCUCCCGCAGACUCUUCGUCGGACAGCAACGGGAUGAGGACGAGGAAGCCUUGCAAUUGUACCAAAUCACAGUGUCUGAAACUCUACUGCGACUGUUUCGCCAACGGUGAAUUUUGUUACCAAUGCAAGUGCAUGUAUUGUUACAACAACUUGGAGAACGAGGAGUACAGACAGAGGGCGAUAAAGGCCUGCUUGGAGAGGAACCCGAACGCCUUCAGGCCCAAGAUCGGGAAGGCCAAAGACGUGGGGGACGUUUCGAUAAGGAAACACACCAAGGGGUGUAACUGCAAAAGAUCGGGUUGCUUGAAGAAUUACUGCGAAUGCUAUGAGGCAAAAAUUGCCUGCUCCAGCAACUGCAAAUGCAUCGGAUGCCGUAAUAUCGAAGAAUCCCUAGAGAGGAAAAACUUCAGAAGUGUGAUAAACAACGGUGUGUCUAUAGCUCCGAUGGAAAGGAUAGCACCGAAGGUGAAUAACGCAGUGCCUUUACCAAAGCCUAAAAGUUCAAAUAUAAGUCGACAGGCGGUAAAUUUCAUCACCCUCGAUGUGAUUGAAGCUACUUGUCAAUGUUUACUCUCCGUUGCCGACAAGGGAACGGAAAACAUGCAAGACGUCGAGACGACGUCGCAGGAAAUCAUCGAAGAAUUCGGAAGGUGUCUGAACGAGAUAAUAGAACAUUCGACGAAUAGAAGCCCUUGAAGCGGUGUUACCUCAAUAAUUUUGUAUAGUACAAUUUAACUACUUUUUAAGCGUAAACUGUUCGACAUAAAGUUUUCUAACAAGGAGAAUUCGUGUAGAUAUUAAUUGAAUUAUCUUCGAUUUAAAAUUUUGGACUGACUUGAUGUGAAUUUUAUACAAGCUUAGUUCAAUUUACGUUUAUAUUUGUGUUUUGGAAAGUUCGCAUGUAAUAAAAUUCUAGGUGAAUUAUUUAUUGACAGGUUAACUUUAUCUUUAUUUUGUUUUAUUUAUGCGAGGUUUAUUUUUGUGUAAUGAUUUUUUUAAUGAUUGAAGUUUUAUUGUAUUUUGUCUCAUAAUCCAGAAUAAAGUUUAUAUUUGGAGGAAA